UCCUAAUGAUAUCAGCUGUGGUAUGACAGCGACUUUGGACCAGUGGAUCCGUUAGUAGAAACAAAGAACUGGUAGAUCGUUUGCAGCAAUAUGGAAUUAUCAAAUCAAAAAGGGUGAAAGAAGUAAUGGAGGCAAUUGACAGAGGUCAUUUUGUACCUCCUGGGAGUACACCAUAUGUUGAUUCUCCCAUGGCAAUUGGUUAUAAUGCGACUAUUUCUGCACCUCAUAUGCAUGCAGCUUGUCUAGAGCUAUUGGCAGAUCAUCUACAGCCAGGGAUGAAAGCUUUGGAUGUUGGUUCAGGGACUGGCUAUUUAACAGCUUGCUUUGCAACGAUGGUUGGACCAGAAGGUCUUGCUGUAGGGGUUGAGCACAUACCUGAACUAGUUGAAUUUUCAACCAAUAACAUCAGGAAUAGUGCAGCUGCAUCAUUUUUAAAUGAAGGUUCCUUGUCCUUGAAUGUCGGUGAUGGGAGACUUGGGUGGCCGGAACAGGCACCGUAUGAUGCCAUUCAUGUCGGUGCGGCUGCUCAUGAAAUUCCUCAGACGCUUAUCGACCAGUUGAAGCCAGGCGGCCGGCUGGUGAUCCCUGUAGGAUCAGUUUUCCAGGAUCUGCAAGUGGUUGACAAGAACAUGGAUGGCUCAGUCAACAUCCGGACUGAAGCAUCGGUUCGUUAUGUUCCGCUGACCAGUAAAGCAGCUCAGUUGCAUAACCACUAGCUCAUUGGUGGUCAACACGAUGAAAUGGUGUUCGAAGAAAGAAUCCUGUGACGACGAGCUAAAUCCUUUCGUCUCGUUAGCCUAUCGGUGUUUAUCAAAAUCGUCACGAGUAUGCACUCAUUCAAAAUCACUGUGUGCAAUAUAUAGUUCCAUUGUCGUGUUUUUCUUUGUCGAUAGAGAAUGGUUGCUUGUGUUAGUAUGGAAGUACCUUGCUCCGCUAUGAUUGAGAAAGGGUCUACUGAAUUAAA